CACUCCACUGUUGGGUUCGGGCGGAGCCCGCGUCGCGCGAGCUAUGGCAGCAGGCCCGGGGGCGACCACUGAUACGGGCCCUGGAGCUGGAGCUGGAGAGGAGGAACGUGAACGUGUCAAACCUUUUACGCCAGAGAAAGCAAAAGAAAUUAUAAUGUCUUUACAACAACCUGCAGUCUUCUGUAACAUGGUUUUUGAUUGGCCAGCACAACACUGGACUGCUAAUCAUCUUUCAGAGGUCCUUCAUGGCAAGCAGAUACGAUUCAGGAUUGGACUGAAAAGCACAGAUACAGUUCCUCAGUUUGAAACUACCUGUAGUUAUGUGGAAGCUACACUUGAAGAGUUUCUGACCUGGAACUGUGACCAGCCUAGUAUUUCUGGACCGUUUAGAGAUUAUGAUCCUUCCAAAUUCUGGGCUUAUGCUGACUAUAAAUAUUUUGUCAAUCUGUUUGAAGACAAGACAGAUAUUUUCCAGGAUGUGAUGUGGUCUGACUUCGGGUUUCCUGGAAGAAAUGGACGGGAAAGUACGUUGUGGAUCGGCUCCGUGGGAGCCCAUACACCGUGUCAUCUGGACUCCUAUGGUUGCAACUUAGUAUUUCAGGUACAAGGAAGGAAAAGAUGGCAUCUCUUUUCUCCUGAAGAUACUCCUUUCCUUUAUCCAACUAGAAUCCCUUAUGAAGAAUCUAGUGUGUUUAGUAAAGUCAAUGUUGUCAAUCCUGAUUUAAAACGUUUUCCUCAGUUCCAGAAAGCUCGAAGACAUAUGGUUACAUUGAACCCAGGGCAGGUUCUGUUUGUUCCCAGACACUGGUGGCAUUAUGUAGAAUCCAUUGAUCCUGUCACUGUCAGUAUAAACUCCUGGAUUGAGCUGGAAGAGGACCACCAAGCCCGGGUAGAAGAGGCAAUCACCCGGACACUUGUGUGUGCCCUGAAGACUGCAGAGGAUCCGCACAACACCAGAGCUUGGUUAAACCCGACCGAGGUAGAGGAAACAUCCCAUGAAGUCAAUUGUCGCUACUUAAAUGGAGCUGUUUCUGCCUUUUUUGAUCAUUUCAGAACAUCUAGGGUAAUAGAAAUGCAAGCACUGAAAACAAAUGGAGAGUACGUGAAAAAAAAAGAAUUAAAUGUGCACAACCACGGGGAGGUGGGACAAACAGGUAGCCAGAACAUAACUCGCGGAACAGGGAAACAGGAGGCAGCAAGUCCCUUUGGCCCUGAUCUGGUUCCUGUGAUACCGAGUCCCGAAGAAGCUCCCUCAGAAAGAGGAGGCAUAUUUGAAAGUGAUGGUAAAGACUUUGUCGGCAAAGACGGAGAACACUUUGGAAAAUUGCAUUGUACCCAGAGGCAACAAAGGAUGAGUAGAAGUGAGCAUGCAGCUGUGGGACAAAUUGCCUCAUGUGGUGCUGCAGCCCCUUCUCAAACACUCAUUUCUACAGAUGACCUGCUGGACUGCUUGGUGAAUCCACAGGUAACCAGGAUAGUGGCACAACUUUUGAUACAAGGGAGAAAUUUGUGGUUCUAAUAGAAAAUGACUUUUUAAAUAAUAUUUUAAAAUAUUUUUAAAGAGUACGAUUUUUAAAUAAAGGAUGGAACAGCACAAGGUCAAUUUGCACAUGCUUGUCAAUGUACUUGUUCUUACCUAGUUAAGUUUCAGUCUCCUGCCACCUUCUUGCAUGCUUGUUGCUCUUUGGCCAGACUGGCUCUUCG